AAUAAGACGCGGCCAUCUGUGCAGGGCUCGUUGCUGUUAAAUUUCUCAGGUUACGCUUCCUCCUCGCUAUUUUCGCUGGUUUCACCUCUAACCUCCUCUCUUUACCUCCCCGGCACUGGACAGACCCAGCAAAUAUGAAGCUACCCGUGACGAUCCUCGCUGUUUUUGCAUCGAUAAUUGUCAAUAUUGGUGCUGAAAUCUACUUCAAGGAACAGUUUGCGGAUGGAGGUGCAGUAUAACCUAUCUAUCACAUGUCUUUUUGCCCUAUAUAUAAAUCAUUCUGCCCACAGAGCAGCUGCACUAUUGAAUUGAAAAGACAAUUUCAGUGAGUUUACUCUUCCAGAUCUAACCUUUUUUAAAGUAAUGCUUCCUCUGAAAUAACCGUACUGCAUUCAUUUAGCCCACUGAAAUAGGCCAGACAGUAAAGUGAGAUGGUUAUUGCUUAAAGAUGAUCUAAAGUAGUGGAACAGAGUCAAACAAAUCUUCUUAGGUUGUUCAUUAUCAUACCAAGUCGUCAGGUGUAAGUAAGAAAAAGUCAAUUCAUAAGCUCAGACCUUCAUAUGAGUGGCACAAAUUCUUGUUUCACUUUUGAUUUUAAGGGGAGCAUUGAGUUAAAAUAAAGUGAUGCUGAUUUUUGUGUGUGAAAUAAGUACACAUUUUUAAGGAAACCUAUUUUAAAAACGGAAAUUGAUAAAAUGUAGAAAAUGCAUCAGUUUUAAGAAUUACUUUGGUGUUAAUAAGGCAACCUUACCCACUGAAACCCAUGCCGUUUAAGAAAAGCUGCAAUUUCCCCCAAAUUUCCCCUUUUUUAAUUUAUGUUGCUCUAUACAGUGAUAUCCUGCUCAGUGCUGUACAGUUGUUUUUUUGAAGUAUGAAUCUGAAUGAAGCAUAGUUGUGUAAUAUAAUAGUUUUGUUACAACAGCCAAUUAAAGUUUGUCAGUAACAAAAUGGGUUUUGAUGUCUGCCACAGAUGGAUGGAGUAGCCGGUGGGUUGAGUCAAAGCACAAGUCCGACUACGGCGAGUGGAAACUGAGCGCCGGAAAGUUCUAUGGGGAUGCCGAGGCUGAUAAAGGUAAUCCUUAGACAUUGUGUCAGUGAUUCAAUUGUAUGUAGUGGCAUUUUUUCCUUAGGGGUGUAUUUGCCUAUCUCCAAAGCUUGCAGGUGGUGUCUUAUGCAAAUGCAAAGCAGGUUUACUUUGUGUGUAAUCUGAUGUUAGAGAGCCAUUCAAAGACGAGGAAGUGGCCGAAAUUGUCUGUGCUGAGAUUAUGUCCAGGACUGGAAUAACCUGCCUGGGGUGACAGCGUUGCUAUUAACACCCCCACUCCUCAAGGCAUUGUGAACACCUUUUUUGAAUUGUAACGCUUUCAGCACAAAUUUUAGCAAAUGAAAUUGCUGAAUAAAUAUUACUUUUACAUGUCAAAAGAGAUGCCAAACAAUAACUAAAAAGUGGCAGAUUUGAGGAGUUAUUUCACCUGUGAGCUGGCAGCUGAAGAGUGGCUGGUACAGCUUUUCAGGUGCCCACCUUCUCUGCCUAAGUAAUCCUAAGAACGACGUUGAAUGCCAAAACUCCUACAAGAGUGCCGCAUCUGGUGCUCUGAACUCUGUGACCACAUUCAUAUAGAAAGUUUGUCUGAUCAAAGUUAUACAAGGACAAACAAGAAGUCACAAAAAAUAGGCUUUGAAUGAGUGGCUUUGGCCUCCUCAAAACUAACACCUAUUCACUCCUACUUCUUUUUUUCUUGUUCAUAUUUGCAUCAUCAACAGGCAUCCAGACCAGCCAGGAUGCCCGCUUUUAUGCCCUGUCUGCGAAGUUCAAGUCGUUCAGCAAUGAGGGAAAGUCUGUGGUCAUCCAGUUUACCGUCAAGCAUGAGCAGAAGAUCGACUGUGGAGGCGGCUAUGUAAAGAUUUUUCCCGCUGACCUUGACCAGAGCAACAUGCACGGAGACUCACAGUAUUACAUCAUGUUUGGUGAGUCAUAUUUGUUAUUUAGAGGCACUGGGGUCUGACCAGAGAACACCCCCGAUUUAGGACAAAGUACUUAGGAAAACGCUUGAAGGAUUUUUCUGAUAAGUCCCUUUUACAUUCAACUGUUCUAACUGUACCAUGGCCUUUAUCUCCAGGGCCUGACAUCUGUGGAUACAGCACAAAGAAGGUUCAUGUGAUCUUCAACUACAAGGGCCAGAACCACCUUAUCAAGAAAGACAUCAAAUGCAAGGUAGUUACUGCAAAAAGCCUGUGAAUCUAGAUUUUGCCUUUUUUGAGCGAAUAUUUUGAUCAACUCUCUCAUUCUAUAUUUCUUCUAUCUCCCCCUCACUGUCUCCAGGACGACGAGCUGACCCACCUGUACACACUGAUUCUGAAUCCAGACCAGACCUACGAGGUGAAGAUCGACAAUGAGAAGGUGGAGUCUGGCUCCAUGGAGGAUGACUGGGACAUGCUGCCCCCAAAGAUGAUCAAGGACCCCGAGGCCAAGAAACCAAGUGACUGGGACGACAGAGCCAAGAUCGAUGACCCCAAUGACACCAAACCUGAGGUAAGACAACAUUUGAGUCUUACAUUGAAUUGCAUGCAAUUUCAGAAUACCACAUUUUGAUUGAUCGCUAAUUAUUUCUAACCAGAGCUACAAAACCCUUUUAACCAACUCGGUGAGCACCUCAGUGUUUAUGUAUGAAAGAUAAUCAAGCCUCAAAGAUCUCAACCAUAUUUUUACUGUCAACACCACUGAGAUAACCUGAGGUGACAAAAUGUCUGCUACAAAACACUUAAGGCUAGUUUUAAGCAGUAGCUUUACCACAAUAUUUGCUCAAAGUGCUUGAAGAACAUCUUAAAAUCUUGUUCCUCAAACAUGGUUCACAGUUAGAGUUCACAUGUGUCAGGCUUGUUAAAUCCUGUUUGUCUUUCAGUUUGUCUUAGGAGCCAUGUAUACUUUGUAUACAUGGGCAGGGUUAAUGUUAAUCUCUGACCAAACUAUCUCAAAUACCAGCACACUCCUACCUUUAAAAUAAGUGACAGAGUUGGCGUCACGCAUGGCAUUAAUAGGAUCAACUUUGUGCUGAUCAUGUGAUUUAAGUUUUACCAGGUAGGUGUGUUGGUCACCUCAUAGGGGAAGAUAUUUAUGGUACCAUUUCAUGUUUUCUGCAGUAUAUCUGGUGUUCUGCAGAUAACACACAGAUAAUUCUAUAUUUCAACAAACGCCUCUUUGGUAAUUACACCAACAGAGUGCUUGUGAAAAAGGAGCAAACAGAUUAUUCAGGCUAGCUUGACUUAUUUUCAGAGCCUCCUCAGUAAUUGUUGGCCCCUGGGUCAUGUUUGUAAUACUGAUGCAGACAGUUGUUGGUUGCUUUGAUAGAAGUUCUAAAUAAAAGGUUGAUAUGGAGAAGACUGUUCUGAUUUAAGAACAUUAAAACUUAAGGUGUUAACUGUGCCCUCGCAAGGCUGUGUUCAUAUUCCUGAUAUGUCAUAUGUAUCAUUUUAAACGUAGAUACUUCAGAUGAAAUAAAAAUCACCUUGUCUUUUUACCAGGAGUGGGACCAGCCAGAGACAAUCACAGACCCUGAUGCCAAGAAGCCUGACGACUGGGACGAGGACAUGGAUGGAGAGUGGGAACCUCCUAUGAUUACCAACCCAGAGUAUAAGGUCAGGCUUCUACUGCUGAGGAGAUUUUCAAACCCCUUAAAAAUAAGAUUACUGAGUUUAUGUGAAGAGGGAAUUUAUUUUUGAUGUUUGGGUGAGAUUGAGGGUUAGCUUUAAAAGCAGGGUGUAACCAUGAUCAUAACCCCCUCCCAUUACAUCUUUGCAGGGUGAGUGGAAACCCAAACAGAUUGACAACCCCGACUACAAGGGCAGCUGGGUCCAUCCUGAGAUCGACAACCCUGAGUACACACAUGACGCAACAAUGUACAAGUUUGAUAGCAUCGGAGUACUAGGCCUGGAUCUGUGGCAGGUAAAGAUCGAAACUUACCCUCUGAGUUAUCUAGUAACUGAAGCACUUUUCCCAUUACUCGUCCUGAAUUUACCUCUGGCUGCCUCUCAUGCUGUGUGAUAGAGCGGAGUUGAAACAAGAUUUGAGAAAAAUCGAACAGCUGUUCGAUAAUGUUUAUGUGUUUGUUAUCUUUUUUCAGGUUAAGUCUGGGACAAUCUUUGACAACUUCCUGAUCACUGAUGAUGUCAAGGAAGCAGAAGAGUUCGGGAAGCAAACCUGGGGAGUCACCAAGGUCAGACACGAAUAUUGAAUAACAAACCUUGCAUACACCUAAUUUUUUUAUUCUAGAUCAAACAAACUGUUUUCAUCACAAAUUCUUCUGUUGAUGUUUUUUUAAAAUAUAAUUUUCAUAGUAAAAGAUCUAAAAAAAAUAAGCUUAGAUAAAUAACAUUAACAAUAUCCUCAUCUUAAGAACCAAGAUUAUCCAAAUGGCAUUUUUGAUGACUUCAGACAUAUGCUUUUAGAUGAGAUAGAGGUGUCAUUUGUUUACGAACCACUCCAUCUGUAGGGAAAAGUAUGGUAUAUUUGAUUUGUUCAUGAAGUUGUAUUUUUUAUUGAAGUGGCUGAAACCAUAAUAGGUUCAAAUUGUCUCCACUUUGGACAUGGUUUAAAUAUCAGCAUAAUGCAGGGUGAAGUGAAUCCAAAGUGUGAUUGUCAUCAAAAAGAAAAAUCAUUAUCAAAAUUAUCACUGACUCUGAGCUCAAGACAUUAAAAUACCCUGUCUUCUCAAUCAGGAACCAGAGAAGAAGAUGAAGGAGGAGCAGGAGGACAUGGAGAGGAAACUGAGAGAGGAGGAGGAGAAAAGCAAGAAAAAGGACACUGAUGGUGAGGAAGAUGGGGAUGAAGAUGAAGAUGAAGAUGAGGAUGCAGAAGAAGAAGGGGAACAAGAUGAAGAGACAGAGGAGGAUGCUGGUACAGAAGAAGAGGACAAUGAGGUCAAAAAGAAGGAUGAGUUGUAGAGAAAAAGAAGCGGGUUGGACUGUGGGUUCCUCUCUGUGGGUUAAAACCUGCAACAAACAAAAUCAGUGACAGCCCUGUGGACUCUGGCCUUUCAUACAGCAGCCUUUUAUUCAGGUGUAGGGAAGGGUGGGGGGGUGAAAGGUAGGGUCGAGUCAGAUUCAUUUUCUUUUCUUUUAAUUUCCUUGUGGCUUUUUCAGGUUUCCAUGUGAGAAAGGAGAAGGGUUUACACGUGUUUCUUUCUGUUUGUGUGUGUGUGUCUUCUUUGAUUGAGAAAUGAAAUAUUUAAUGUUAUUUACUGAACAUGGUCAGUCCCAUGGUGCAUGUGCAGUUACUCAGAGCUCAUAAUUUUAUUAUUGCCUUUGAUGGGAUGACCAGCAAACUGAGAUUCUGUCAUUUCUGGUUCUUGCACUUUUAUGUCUCCUAUGUGAUUUAGGAUUGUUUAUUUUUUAUUGACCCUCCUCAUAAUUUAUUCAAUCACCGAUUCCCUAAAAAUCCUGUCAUUUCCCAGAGCUCUAAUUUCAGACAUAUGUCAUUUUUCCAUCUGUGUCCUUGAGUGAGUGAUGUAUGUAUGAAAUGAGACUGCAUCUGACAAACUGUGAUUUUUAUUUUCUCAAUGUCUUUCUGAAUGAGUGACUGUCCUGUGCUGCACAUUGUUUGAGUUUUAGUAAAUAAACUGAAGCUUCUCAUGAGUGGAUUCCAAUGUCUUGGCAA